UCAUCAUCCACAUCAUUAAAACACAAACCGAGUAACAAACAAUGAAGAAUCUCUCCAGUUUUCACAUUCUCUUCUUAGUGUUCAUCACAAGCGGUGUUGUUGUUUCCACCACUGAAUUCACUUUGCAGAACAAUUGCCCUUACACCGUCUGGCCCGGAACUCUCACAGGGAACGGCGGAAACACCCUCGGGGACGGCGGAUAUCAGCUGAAUCCAGGCGCUUCCGUACAGCUCAGAGCUCCUCCUGGAUGGACAGGCCGCUUCUGGGCUCGUACCGGCUGCAACUUCGACUCCUCCGGCCACGGUAACUGCGUCACCGGAGACUGCGGCGGCGUUCUCAAAUGUGCCGGAGCCGGCGGAGUACCUCCGGUCACACUCGCCGAAUUCACCGUCGGAGAAAAAGAUUACUACGACGUGAGUCUCGUCGACGGCUACAACGUCAAGAUGGGGAUAAAACCGCAAGGAGGGUUCGGAGACUGCAAGUACGCAGGCUGCGUCUCCGACCUCAACUCCAUUUGCCCUAACGAGCUUCGUGUCAUGGAUCCGCAGAACAACGUGGCGGCGUGCAAGAGCGCAUGCGCGGCGUUUAACAAGGAGGAAUACUGCUGCAGCGGUGCUCACUCCACGCCGCAAACUUGCUCUCCGACGACUUACUCAAUGACGUUCAAGAAAGCGUGCCCUGACGCUUAUAGCUACGCUUACGACGAUGAAACUAGUACCUUCACUUGUGCCGGAGCUAACUACUUGAUCACUUUCUGCCCCAACGGUUCUUAAAAGUCCGGAGCUCCGGUUUAGGGAUUGGGUCGAGUUUAUCUCCUCUUUUAUCAUGUUUGUUUUGGUUGCUUGCUAUGUACGGAAUAUGAAUAUCUUCUUCCUCUUUGUAUGAUUUUGCUUUUGUAUUCAGUUGUGUUACAUUCAGCUGAUUUGCAUUAUGGCCUACGAAUAAAACAAUAAUUAUGCUUUCA